AUGGGGAAGGUCGGGGCAGCGUUGGCGGCGGGAUGUGCGGCGGCGGCGUGCGUGGUGGCGGCUGUGAUGGUGGGGAGGAGGGUGAGGCGGAGGAGGGGGUGGAAGCGGGUGCUGAGGGUGCUGGAGGAGCUGGAGGAGGGAUGCGCCACCCCUGUGGGGCGGCUGCGGCAGGUUGUUGAUGCAAUGGCGGUUGAGAUGCACGCGGGCUUGGCUUCUGAAGGCGGGUCCAAGCUUAAGAUGCUUCUCACCUAUAUCUACAAUCUCCCAACAGGAAACGAAGAGGGGAUAUAUUUUGCUCUAGAUCUCGGUGGUACCAAUUUCAGGGUCUUGCGAGUUAAGUUAGGCGGACAAAGGUCAGCUAUCAUAGGUCCUGAUGUUGAACGACAACCCAUCCCUGAGCAUUUGAUGACCGGGACAAGUGAGGAGCUUUUUGAUUUUAUAGCAACAUCUUUGAAGGAUUUUGUUGAAAGAGAAGAAAAUGCUACAGAGGCUUCACAAGGGGAGAGAAGGGAACUUGGUUUCACAUUUUCAUUCCCAGUGAAACAAACUUCUUCAUCAUCAGGAACUUUGAUCAAAUGGACAAAAGGAUUCUCUAUUGAUGACAUGAUUGGUAGGGAUGUUGCUCAGUGCCUACAGGAAUCAAUAUCUCAGAAGGGCCUGGAUAUUCGAGUUGCCGCUCUUGUAAAUGAUACAGUGGGUACCUUGGCUCUUGGUCAUUAUCAUGAUGAAGACACUGUAGCUGCUGUGAUUUUCGGAACAGGCACUAAUGCCUGUUAUUUGGAGCGUGCAGAUGCCAUUAUUAAAUGCCAAGGUCUUCUUGCAUCUACUGGAAGCAUGGUGGUCAACAUGGAAUGGGGAAAUUUUUGGUCAUCUCACUUGCCUAGGACGUCUUAUGAUAUUGAUUUGGAUGCUGAAAGUCCGAACCCAAAUGAUCAGGGUUUUGAGAAAAUGAUAUCUGGAAUGUAUCUUGGAGACAUUGUGAGAAGAGUACUUCUUCGGAUGUCUCAGGAGUCGGAUGUUUUUGGAUCUGUGUCUUCCAAAUUACAUGUUCCAUUCAUAUUAAGGACACCUAUGAUUGCUGCCAUGCACGAGGAUGAUUCCCCCGACUUGAUAGAGGUUGCCAGAGUAUUACAAGACACUCUCGAGAUAAAUGAUGCUCCCCUCAACGUGCGGAAGCUCGUGGUGAAGGUUUGUGACGUGGUGACCCGCAGGGGCGCCAGGCUGGCAGCCGCCGGCAUAGUGGGCAUACUGAAGAAGAUGGGGCGGGAUGGUUACGGUGGGUUCUCGGGCGGCAAAUCCAAGACCAAGAGCGAGAUGGCUAGGACAGUGGUGGCAGUCGAGGGUGGCCUCUACUCCAACUACACAAUGUUCAGGGAGUAUCUGAAUGAGGCAUUGGCCCACAUACUCGGUGACGACGUGGCGGCUCGUGUCGUGAUCAGCAUCAUGGAGGAUGGGUCGGGCAUUGGGGCGGCCCUCCUGGCGGCAUCUCAUUCCUCCGGUGGCUCGGAUGGUGUACAGUCGACGGUGGAUACAUAA